GUCGCCUUGAACUUUAAACAGCGAACUGCUGAUAGUCCAAUCGUUAGAAGAGGGCGUUUUUACAAAAUGUUUUAUAUUGAAUGUGCUUGGAAUUUUCAUGGCUGCAUUCGGCAAAAGAACGGAUACAUUCUAAUUUAGAAGCAACGACCGCCCGGCUUUAAAAUGGAAACCGGCAGACAAGAAACUGAUAUGGAAGUUUCAAGUGACAUGAUAGGGGACUUCAUUGUAAUCAAGUCCUGCGAACCAUGUACAAGAAAGAACACGCCCAGCAAAGCAACGAUUGUUUGCAUAACCUGUAAGGAAUAUCUUUGCGAACCUUGCAGAAAUAUUCAUAUAAUUUAUAACCGGGGAAAACACGACACGGCUGUUAUUGGUAAUCCGAAUUCAGCACCAGUUGUUCUUAUGAUGAAAGGUAUGGACAUAUGUCGUGACCAUGAUAAAAAUAUCAAGUUUUUCUGUGAAGACCACUCCAAGCUCUGUUGCAGUACAUGUGCGUUCAUACACAGGAAGUGCGACAAUGUCAAUGAACUGGCCAGUCUAUCAAGCCAAGAAGAAUUAGAGCUGCAAGAAUUGAAAAAUAUGCUUCUUAAACUGAAGACCGAGAUAUCCUCCAUCAUGGAAGGCUGUAAGCUAUCAGAAGAUGCAUUAAGUGAGACCAAUGCACAUUUUCCAAAACAGUUUGAUGAACUUAAAGAACGUUUUAUCGAGAUAUUUGAUAAAGCUAAGAAAAAUAUUAGUGAUGAGGUAGAUAACUUCGAGUCCGAAGAGGUGAAGCUAUUAGGCGAAUGGAAUAAGGCUUCUUCGAAAGUUAACGAAGACAUAAAUCACUUGCUUCAGGUUAGUUCUGUUCUUGUCGAACAUGGAACACCUCAACAAAAGUAUAUCAUCACCAUCAGAAUCAAGGAGAAAAUACAAGAUAUAGAAAUCGAUAUUACUGAGCAGCGAAAUAAGUAUAUCACUUCAAAUGUUUCCUUAGAGUUUUCAAAACAAUUAGUAUCCCUUCUAAGAGAGGAGGAAGACAUUGCAACACUUAAAGUAGAGCGACAGUUUACGCAUAAAGAUGUUGUGCAACCACAUCCUAAGAAAACGCAAGAAACGUCUCAAAUUAAACAAGGAACCACUGAAUUAAAUAAAGCGACAGCUCAGUUAGCCCCGAUUAAACCAGUCCUCAUGGAGCUGCUUGUGUCCGUGGAUAUCAAACAGACUGGUGAUGAUGGGAAGCGACCUCGUAUCACUGGGCUCGACUUCCUACCGGACGGGAGACUGGUAGUCGUAGAUAACAUGAAUGGAAAAUGUAUCUUAAUGAAUGACCAACUGCAAAGAAAAGGAACGCCGUACAAGUUUAACACAGUCCCAUUUGACGUUGUAUGUUUGUCUCAGGGUGAACUUGCGGUAACGAUGAGUGAUAAGACAGUUUGUCUUUUGACAUUGACUCCUGACAAUGCCAUAUGUCUGAUCAGGAAGAUUUAUACAUCCACCCGUGUCUUCUCCAUAUGCUGCAUGAACCCGACAAACAUGGUCGUUAGUACAUACGAUGAUUUACGUCCAGUGAGAAUAAUAACGCAGGCCGGUAAGGAAUCGGACUUUGAUCACGUGCCGUUUCCUAAGAAAGAGUACAAACAUGAAGAGAGCAAGUGCACUUAUGUUCCAUCAAAGAACACGUUGGUGCUGACUGACAGGUUCGCACAUACAGUGUACAUGUACGACACAGUGAAAGGCACGUCUAGAGCAAUCACACAUGAUAACAUAAAGCAACCAAUUCGUCCCUGCAUCGGGCCCGAUGACACAGUGCUAGUGUGCAGUGGGGCUAAGAACUCCAUCGUACGCCUAACAGUUGAAGGUGAAAUACUCGAUACAUACUCAUUGGACAUGGAAUGGCCGUAUGCAUUGUGUAUGAAUAAAGAUGGGAACAGAUUGGCAGUAUCGGCGGGUAGUGCCAUUGGAAUAAGAAAAUUGAGAAUUUACAACUUAUCAUAAAUAUGAUAACUUCCGAUAGCAAUUUAUCGUAUUUAAAAGACUGCACAUGUACUAUUUACUUGUAUGUUUGUUGAAAGGGACUAUUUAGGUUUAUGCUAUUUGGUCGUUAGUCUUGGUUAAAUUGAGAAUUUGUAAACUGCAACUUCAUAAAUAAUGCACCUGCUCAAAGUAUAACCAUGUGUGUUUGAAUAACGGUGAACAAGUGGGUUAAGUGCAUGAUUACAUCACAUAUAUGUUAUCUCUGGAUGAUGUUGCACCUUUUAUUUUUCAGUCAAUAUCCUUAGUUCAGUUUGGGAAUACUAUCUACGACAUUUCAUAUAUAACUCUUACCAUUAUCGUAAAUUUGUAAAUAAUAUUAUAUACGUAUACAUGUUAUUAUUAGUGUUAUUGUUACCAAUUUAUUUGGCCAUACCACUUCAAAUACUUUAUUCGGCAAAUGUGCACUUGUAAAAUUGUAAAUUGCAUAUAGUUUGGUAUAUAUUAAACAACUAUCGUUUAUUACCAGGCUUUAAUAUAUAUAUUGAAAACUUCACAAAAAAGUAUAUCUGAACAAUAACUACAUGGUGCUGUAUAUAUAUACAUAUACGGAUCAGUUCAUUGAAAUCACAGCACUCAUCCGACAUUGUUAUGUAAUCACUUUAAGUUGAAAUGAAAUCGUAAUCAUUUGAAUCAAGACAAUAAAGCAUACACACCUGC